GAGGAGGAGGAGGGGAAGCAAAGAAGGAGGAAAAAAAAGAGCGAGCAAGAGAGAGAAAGAGAGAGAAACAACACCCAACAACUAGAGAGGAGGGAAAAAAAGAAAGAAAAGAAACCCACCCACCCCCACCCCACCCCCGAAAAAAAAAAAAUCCGGUGGCGCGCCGCCUGGUUCCCGGGAAGACUCGCCAGCACCAGGGGGUGGGGAAGUGCGAGCUGCGAGCUGCUGGAGAGUGAGCAGCCCUAGCAGGGAUGGACAUGAUGCUGUUGGUGCAGGGUGCUUGUUGCUCGAACCAGUGGCUGGCGGCGGUGCUGCUCAGCCUGUGCUGCCUGCUGCCCUCCUGCCUCCCGGCUGGACAGAGCGUGGACUUCCCCUGGGCGGCCGUGGACAACAUGCUGGUCCGGAAAGGGGACACGGCGGUGCUUAGGUGUUAUUUGGAAGACGGAGCAUCAAAGGGUGCCUGGCUGAACCGGUCAAGUAUUAUUUUUGCUGGAGGUGAUAAGUGGUCUGUGGAUCCUCGAGUUUCAAUUUCAACAUUGAAUAAAAGGGACUACAGCCUCCAGAUACAGAAUGUAGAUGUGACAGAUGAUGGCCCAUACACGUGUUCAGUUCAGACUCAACAUACACCGAGAACAAUGCAGGUGCACCUAACUGUGCAAGUUCCUCCGAAGAUCUAUGACAUCUCAAAUGAUAUGACCAUCAAUGAAGGAACCAAUGUCACCCUCACUUGUUUGGCCACUGGGAAACCAGAACCUUCCAUUUCCUGGCGGCACAUCUCUCCAUCAGCAAAACCAUUUGAAAAUGGACAAUAUUUGGACAUUUAUGGAAUUACAAGGGAUCAGGCUGGAGAAUAUGAAUGCAGUGCAGAAAAUGAUGUGUCAUUCCCAGAUGUGAAGAAAGUAAAAAUUGUCGUGAACUUUGCUCCUACAAUUCAGGAAAUUAAGUCUGGCACAGUGGCCCCUGGACGCAGUGGAUUGAUAAGAUGUGAAGGAGCAGGUGUGCCACCUCCAGUCUUUGAAUGGUACAAAGGAGAGAAGAAGCUCUUCAAUGGCCAGCAAGGAAUUAUUAUUCAAAAUUUUAGCACAAGAUCCAUUCUCACCGUUACCAAUGUGACACAGGAGCACUUCGGCAACUAUACUUGUGUGGCUGCCAAUAAGCUAGGCACAACCAAUGCGAGCCUGUCGCUCAACCCUCCAAGUACAGCCCAGUAUGGAAUUACCGGGAGCGCUGAAGUUCUUUUCUCCUGCUGGUACCUUGUGUUGACACUGUCCUCUUUCACCAGCAUAUUCUACCUGAAGAAUGCCAUUCUACAAUAAAUUUAAAGACCCAUAAAAGGCUUUUAAGGAUUCUCUGAAAGUGCUGAUGGCUGGAUCCAAUCUGGUACAGUUUGUUAAAAGCAGCGUGGGAUAUAAUCAGCAGUGCUUACAUGGGGAUGAUCGCCUUCUGUAGAAUUGCUCAUUAUGUAAAUACUUUAAUUCUACUCUUUUUUUGAUUAGCUACAUUACCUUGUGAAGCAGUACACAUUGUCCUUUUUUUAAGACGUGAAAGCUCUGAAAUUACUUUUAGAGGAUAUUAAUUGUGAUUUCAUGUUUGUAAUCUACAACUUUUCAAAAGCAUUCAGUCAUGGUCUGCUAGGUUGCAGGCUGUAGUUUACAAAAACGAAUAUUGCAGUGAAUAUGUGAUUCUUUAAGGCUGCAAUACAAGCAUUCAUUUCCCUGUUUCAAUUCGAGUCAAUCCACAUUUACAAAGAUGCAUUUUUUUUCUUUUUUGAUAAAAAAGCAAAUAAUAUUGCCUUCAGAUCAUUUCUUCAAAAUAUAAUCCAUAUCUAGAUUUUUCUGCUCGCAUGAUAUUCAGGUUUCAGGAAUGAGCCUUGUAAUAUAACCGGCUGUGCAGCUCUGCUUCUCUUUCCUGUAAGUUCAGCAUGGGUGUGCCUUCAUCAAAUAAUAUUUCUCUUUUGUCUCCAAGUAAUAAAACUGUUUUGCCAAAUCCCACGAUUUGAGAGCAAAAAAGGAACCACAGUGAUAAAGUCAAACUACUUAUCUCUAAAGAACAGAGGAGCUAUUUUGAUUGUAAAAGUCUCUCCCCUCAUUACCAGUGGGGUUUGAGAAUUUUUGUCCCAUAAUAACUCAGUUUUGAGACAAAAAGCAAUUUAAGCACAUAGUACAAGUCAAUUUACCAAUGGAUGCUUUAGUUGUUGUGAAAUGUUAGAUUCACACUGGGAGUUAAUUCCCUUUGAACAGGACAGUACAGUCCAUCCAAAAUACUGCCUUGCCGAGCAGCAUCUUCCCCUUCACUUUUCCAAGCCAACAUUACUAAGCUGGUUGUUCAGAAAGUAUGAUAACCUAAUUUUAUAUGAGUUGCUAAAGCACUCAAAAUUAAUUUGGUUCUAUGGCAGGUAUGUUGGUAUGAUAGAUACAUUGCUCCCAUGAACAGGAACGUUUUGCAUAUUUUCCAUCUGAAAACGUCACUCAGUUGAUAGUUUGGAAAGCAUUUUAUAUAAAGAUAGUUCCAGAAUCUAUUAUAAAAAAGUUUCAGGAUGGUAUGCAGCAGAUCAAUCCCUGAAUAACUAAUUUGGAUAUAAACUUAACUCUCUAACCAUUUUACCUCAAAUUAAUAAGGCCAAAAAAAUAUUUACCAUGGUUCAUUUAUUCACGUGCAAGAGGUGUUUAAAAACAAAACUCCAGAGAUUAGAAUUUCUUAAGAUACACCAAUUUUGUAAUAUCAUAAUUAUAUAUUAUUUUUAAGAAAACUACAUGUUUAAGGAAAUGACUGUUACUUUAACGAGUAUUAUAUUACAGAAAUAGUUUAAUAAUUUUACAAAAAAAAAUAACUACAGUGAUUAACUUAGUUACAAAGUAUUUCAUAGAAGUUGUGCAUAUUUAAAAUAUCUCAAAAUUUGCCCUAAAAGAGAUAACUUGAAAACCAUAAUUUUUUAAAGUAAAUUUAGUCCCAAAAUAUACUAUACAAAGUGAAACUUAAAUAAGGAGGCAAAAAUGUACAAAUGGUUCUACAAAAAUGGCAAUAAUAUGACAUUAUGCCAUUAAAUUUACACUCUAAUAAUUUACUACAUUAUUUUGAUUUAUUUGCUAAAAUAUUUUUUUAAAUUAAUAUGGCAUUUUAACUUUGAUUACUUUUGGUUCAUUUAAAAUUGAUAUACUUUUUAAAAUAUUCUUUGUGGAAUUGGUGAGUAAACUACAAAUUCUAUUUUUUGUAUUGCAGCUUUAAAGUGGCACACUCCAUAAUAAUCUACUUACUAGAAAUAGUGGUGCUACCACAAAAGUGUUAACCAUCAGUACCAUUGUUUGGGAGAAAGAAACAGAUCAAGAAUGCAUAUUAUACAGUGACCGCUUUCCUAGAGUUAAAAAAUACCUCCUCUUUGUAAGGUUUGUAGGGUAAUGUGAGGUAAAUCGAGGUAUAAACUAUGGAUGAACCAAAUAAUUAGUUCAAAGUGUUGUCAUGAUUCCGAAUUUGUGGAGUCUGGUGUUUUUUCCAUAGAAUGUGACAGAAGUACAGUCAUAGCUCAGUAGCUAUAUGUAUUUGCCUUUAUGUUAGAAAAGACUUUCUUGAGUGACAUUUUUAAAUAGAGGAGGUAUUUACUAUGUUUUUCUGUAUCACAGCAGCAUUCCUAGUCCCUAGGCCCCUGGACAGAGUGAAAUCAUGAGUAUUUAUGAGUUCAAUAUUGUUCAAAUAAGGCUACAGUAUUUGCUUUUUUGUGUGAAUGUAUUGCAUAUAAUGUUCAAGUAGAUGAUUUUACAUUUAUGGACAUAAGAAAUGUCUGAUUACUCCAUUUUAUCAGUCCUGACUGUACAAGAUUGUUGCAAUUUCAGAAUAGUGGUUUUAUAAAAUUGAUUUAUCUUCUGAUCUAUGACAGUUUUUUUUUUUCUAACUAUUCAUUUUAGCGUUAGAUUUCCACAAGUUCCAUUUGUGGGACUCCUUUUGUUGCCCCUGAAUUUUCUUUUUCAAAGAAGAAAAAGGACAAAAAUAGAGAGCAGUUGAGAAAGAAGAGGGAAAAGAGAAAAAUGCAAAGAAGGGAAAGACAGCCAAAGAAAGAAGAAAGGCAAGACAGAAGGAAAGCUAGGAGGGAGGAAAGAAUUGAAAUAUUAAGGUAGUUGAUGACAGUUCAUUUGCAUUAUUCUUUUACCUACAAGUAUGCAAUUAUGUUUUACAAUGAUCCCAUUCAAAACAUAAGUCCUGUUGCUACCAUUAAAUCCCUAUUAUGCAGCAAUUACAUAACAAAAGUACUGCCCAAAUUAUAGCAUUGUAUUUUGAGGGACACUACAAGAUUUGAGAGAGAGAGAAUGUCAAGCUUAAAGCCACUUGGGGGGAUUUAAGUGAAAAAUAAAUGUUUUAUCAUAACAUUUAAGAUAUAUCUAGAAAGUAGACUGGAGAACUGAGAAAAUUACCAGAUAAUUCAGGACAAAUUAUAUAUAUAUAUAUAAGUAUAUAUAAAUACCCCUAUGUGUGAACUCAGAACAAUCUGAGAAACUUAUCAAAGCCAAUCAUUUAUAUUGAUCAAAUUUACUGAAUAAUUGUUAAUUUAUCCAUUGUAUUUAGCUUUGUGACACAGCCAAAAGUUAACUAUUUAAUCUUUUCAAUAAAAAUUGUUUUUUGAAAUUCAGAAAUGAUUUAAAAAAGGUCAGGUUUUUAACUAUUUAUUGAAGUAUGUGGAUGUACAGUAUUUCAAUAGAUAUGAAUAUGAAUAAAUGGUAUGCCUUAAGAUCCUUUGAAUAUGUAUUUACUUUAAAGACUGGAAAAGGCUCUUCCUGUCUUUUAGUAAAACAUCCAUAUUUCAUAAUCUGAUGUAAAAUAUGUUGUACUGUUUCCAAUAGGUGAAUAUAAAGUCAGUUUAUCAAUUAAAAUAUGUAUUUGACUCAUUUUAAAACUUAGUUUGAGAGAAAGUGGAAAAAAUAAUGAUUUAAGCAUAUUUCUGCUAGUCCCAUUUUUUAAAUUUUAUGCUGUAACCACUGUACCAUUUUCACAUCUUUUCAGCCCUUCAAAAAAAAAUACAGGGUAAAGAUUUUAGAUGCUACAACUUCA